AUGGCCGACGCGGGCGACGACGUCGGACAGCUGUCUCCGAGCCAGCAGGAAGCGCUCCAACAGUACAUUGGAGUCACGGAUCAAGAGGUAAAGGAUGCGAUUCCGCUUCUGCAGCGAUCGCAAUGGAACGUUCAGAUUGCCAUUGCCAAGUUCUUCGACGGCGAAGGGCCCGACCCCGUCGCCGAAGCCAUGGCCGCCCAAGACAUCCCACGGACGGUCGCUCGACACGAAAACCUUCAGGAGAGUCUGAUGGCCUCGUCCGAUCGAUCGAUACUCGGACGGAGGAACCAGACUGACCCGGCACCGAGGAUAGUCCCCCAACAGCCAGUCACGCACCGAUCUCCGUGGCUCCUCGGCCUACUACUCGCACCCUUUGGCUGGGGGUGGAAGGCAGCGGGCGCUCUGUUCCGGACCUUCUGUUACGUCCUGUCAUUUCUUCCCGCACCGCUGCGGCCUCGCGCCAUCACGGCAGGCCUCCGGAGCACGACGGGCCGACGGAUGCUGAUGCCGCGCGACACGGCCGCAAGAUUCAAGCGCGAGUUCGACGAGGAGUACGGGCCGAAUGAGCUCCCGUUCUUCGAAGGCGGCCUGGCGCAAGCGCACGAUCUUGCCAAGAAGGAGCUCAAGUUCUUGCUCGUCUUCCUCAUGUCUCCCGAACACGACGACACAGCUUCCUUUGUCCGCGGAACAUUGCUGUCUACCGACGUGGUCGAGUUUGUCAAGAACCCAUCGAACAAUAUCGUCCUGUGGGGAGGCAACGUGCUGGACUCGGAGGCUUACCAAGCAGCGACCGAGUACAAUUGCACCAAGUACCCGUUCACGGCUCUGGUGUGUCUGACGCCCAAGGAGGGCAGCACGAGGAUGGGCAUCGUCAAGCGCCUGGUCGGUCCCAUGCCCGCGGCAACGUACCUGUCGGAGCUGCAAGGGUCGAUGGAGAAGUACGGCUCGGACCUCGAGGGGGUGCGCGCCGAGCGGACCGCGCAAGAGGUGGCGCGCAGCCUGCGUACGCAGCAAGACUCCGCAUACGAACGGUCACUGGCCAUUGAUAGAGAACGUGCACGGGAAAAGAGAGAGGCUGCCGCUGCCGCCGCCGAAGCUGAGAGGCGGGCACAGGAGAAGGCCGAGGCAGACGCCCGGUUGGAGGAGAAACGGGAGCUAUGGAAGGCGUGGAGGAUGCGCCAAAUCAUGCCCGAGCCCCCUGCCGGCGACAAGAACGUGGUGCGCGUCGCCCUCAAGAUGCCGGAGGAGUCCGGGGCGGGGCGGAUCGUGCGACGGUUCCCUCAGGAUGCGCCGCUCGAAGAGCUCUACGCGUUUGUGGACUGCUACAGCCUCUUGCAGCAGGAGGGUGAUGCGAGCACGGACGGUGCUCGGCCGGCUGGUUAUGAGCACAAGUACGCAUUCCGGAUAGCAUCGACUCUGCCCAGAGUCGUCUACGAGCCGAGCACGACAGACACGAUGGGGGACAAGAUUGGCAAGUCAGGCAACCUGAUUGUGGAGCAGCUCGCCCUCGAGUCAGACGCAGAGGAUGACGACGACGAUGAGGAGGACGAAGAGGAGUCUGGGUAG